AAUUCUUACUGGGUACGACAACAUUUCAUCUUGAAACAGUCAGCUGCUCACUUCUUAAAGGAGAAGAGAUCUGCUUUUGAACUUGCUCUUUCAAUGUCAGAAACUGCUUCUGACAUUACUAGUAGUGAAGAAUCUGUGGUACCUUUCGUUUAUGUGGGGCAGUUUGCUCGUUUGCUUGAGCAAGUAGAUGGUUUUGCUAUGCAGCCUCUUACUGAUGAUGAGUACACACGUUACACAAUUGCAGAAGGGAAAAGAUUCCAAGAUUCCUUUGAAAUCAUUGCUUUGCUGAAAAAAUCUUUUGAAUCAUACGGGAAUCUUAAAGUCCGGCGGAUGGGUUCUCUUUGUGGAUUCCAGAUAGGUAGGGAAUAUUUUGCUAUGGAUGAUUUCAGCAAUGCAAAACAGUUUUUUGAUGAUGUUGCAAACUUGCAUAGACAAGAAGGAUGGGUCUCUUUGCUGUGGAAUGUCUUGGGCUACCUACGAGAAUGCUCAAGGAAACUUGGCACUGUGAAAGAUUUUAUAGAGUAUUCUCUUGAAAUGGCUGCAUUACCUGUAUCAGCUAGCACAGGUAUUCAAUCUCUUAGUUUUAAAGAAUGUGGUCCAGGUGGUCCUGCAAGUCUCUCAGGGAGAGAAAGUAUUCACAAGGAAGUUUUUGGACUCGUAUGUGGUAAAACUGGGCUGGCUUCACUGGAGGAUGAAAAUAAAUUCAAACUAACUGGAGAUAGUCCACUUCAUCUUGAGAUUGAUCUUGUCAGUCCCCUUAGAUCAGUACUUCUUGCUUCAGUUGCUUUUCACGAACAGAUAAUUAGGCCUGGUUCUUCCUCCUUGAUUACGGUCUCACUUCUAUCUCAGUUACCCCUUGCCUUUGAGAUUGAUCAAUUAGAAAUCCAGUUCAAUCAAUUUCAGUGUAACUUUGUCAUUAUAAAUGCUCAAAGACCCCCAUUAGAUGCAACAUCUGGAGAUCGACAGGGUUUUCAAAUAGAAAGUGCUGUUUCUCUGGCACUUGUUACAAAUAAGUGGUUGCGCCUGACAUACAAAAUCACAUCUGGUAAAUAUGGAAAGCUUGAAUGUCUUUCUGACAUUGCAAAAAUACGACCGCACUUCACUAUCUGUUGCAGAGCUGAAAGUCCUGCUUCGAUGGAUGAUUUACCUCUUUGGAAGUAUGAAGACUGUGUGGAGACUCUUCCAACAAAAGAUCCUGCUCUAGCAUUCUCUGGUCAAAAGGCUAUCCAGGUGGAAGAACCGGAACCACAAGUUGAUCUUGCUCUUGGUGCUUCUGGGCCUGCAUUUGUUGGAGAGGACUUCAUGAUGCCUGUCACUGUCACCUCCAACGGGCAUGCUGUCUACUCUGGCGAGUUGAAAAUCAAUUUGGUGGAUGUUAGAGGAGGUGGCUUGUUUAGUCCAAGAGAAGCUGAACCAUUCUCUAUGGAUAGUCAUCAUGUUGAACUUGUUGGUGUUGCUGGACCAGAAGGGGAAGAUGAAUCUGAACUGGGUCCUGACAGGAUUAAGAAAAUUCAACAAUCUUUUGGAUUGGUUUCUGUUCCUUCUCUGACAAAAGGGGAAUCAUGGUCCUGUAAACUAGAAAUAAAGUGGCACCGGCCGAAACCAGUUAUGCUCUUUGUAUCAUUAGGCUAUUCUCCUGACAUUAACGAAGUAAAUCCACAAAAGAUUCAUGUCCACAAGAGCUUACAGAUUGAUGGGAAGACUGCUGUAGUUAUCAGCCACCGCUUCAUGUUGCCUUUCCGCCAGGAUCCAUUACUGCUCUCAAGGAUCAGGCCAGACCCCGAUUCAGAUCAGAUGCCAUCUCUACCUCUGAAUGAUGCCAGUGUACUUGUUGUUAGUGCCAGGAACUGUUCUGAGAUUCCUUUGAAACUACUCUCCAUGUGUAUAGAUAUGGAUGACAAUGACAAGGAAGAGUCUUGUUUGGUGCAUCAGGGAGGUGAAGACCUUACAGGCUCUGCACUUGUUCCAGGGGAAGAGUUCAAAAAGGUUUUCACUGUCAUCCCUAAGAUGGGUUUGUCAAGGCUCACUUUAGGAACAGUGCAUUUAAAAUGGCAAAGAUAUUCAAUGACAGAAGAUCAAUCUAAUUUUACCAUGUUAAAUGAUUGGGUUUCAACUAAAUAUAAACUUCCUGAUGUAAAUGUGGAAGUAUCGCCCCUGGUUGUGAGUUUGGAUUGUCCUCCUUAUACUGUCCUCGGAGAUGCAUUUACAUACUCCAUCAAAGUCCGGAACCAAACUCAGUUGCUUCAAGAGGUCAGAUUCACAUUGGCAGAUGCACAAUGUUUUGUUUUAUCUGGUUCUCAUAGUGAUACGGUUUCUGUCCUUCCAAAAUCUGAGCACAUUCAGAGUUAUAAGCUCGUGCCCCUUGCCUCUGGUUUGCAACAGUUACCAAAAGUAACUGUUACCACGGUGAGAUAUUCAGCUGAAUUUCAGCCUUCUGCUGCUGCAUCCACUGUCUUUAUUUUUCCCUCUACACCUCAUUUUAAGAUGGCUGAUAGAGAGGACAAAAAGAUGGAGUCUGCGAAGGCUGGAUAGACCAAAUUGUGUAUAAUUUUUUCGUUGUUCAUAAGCAGAAUUAUAUAGUUCAUGGGCAGUAAUUACCAUAUAUGAUGCUUGUUUCAAUGCAUGAUUUUGUGGUGAGCUCUUGGAACACGACACAUCUUGGUAUAUUGCGACGCUAGUCACUAUUAUACCGCUGAAGGUUUCAGUUUUGGAUUAUGAUGAAGAUUCCCUUAGCAAUCACUUGUCGUAGAUGAUUGUUGGAGAUUAUGCAAACAGAAUUCAUGAGAUUUAAGGGUGUAACGUCAACUUCGUAUUUUCAAAUCUCAAAUAUUUACUUGAUGGAUUCGAGGUA